AUGGAAAAACUAUUCAGAAACCGAGAGUUGAAUGUUAGCGUGAGAACUGUGAGGUUGGGUGAGGAGAUACUAUUUUACGCAAAAGAUGUAGCAGAGUCCUUAGGGUACGCAGAUACGAAGAGGGCAGUUCAGAAACUAGUUAGGAAGCAAAAUAAGGUAAGCGUAUACGAGCUACGCAAGGGAGACAAUUUGUCUCCCUUUGAAAAAUGUCACCCAUACGAGCUACGCAAGGGAGACAAUUUGUCUCCCUUUGAAAAAUGUCACCCACAGACAAUAAUACUAUACGAACCUGGUUUGUACCAGCUAAUAUGUAGCUCAAGGCUUCCAAUAGCGGAGGACUUUCAAGAUUGGGUAUUUAAGGAAGUCCUUCCAUCUAUCCGCAAAACAGGCUCGUAUGAAUUACCAGAUAGAAGGUCACUCAGAUAUAACCAAAUGAUCCUUAUAAAUGAAACGGACCUUCAUAAUGUCAUUGUAAGUUACAUUAGAGAUAACUACCCAGAGGCUGUAAUAUUACCUGCUCUAGGUGAGUAUCAGGAUACAGUGUCAAAGAGAUGUGACGCUUGGAAGAAGGGAUAUAAAGGUGGUCAACCAGAUCUUAUCAUAGAGAAUCCUAUGGGGAAGUAUAAAGGAUUUGCUAUUGAAUUUAAGUCUCCCAAGGGCACCGGAGUUAUAAGUGAGAAUCAGGAUAUAUGGUUUAGGAAAUUGAGGGGAAUAGGGUAUAUGACAAUGGUAUCAGAUGAUCUAGUAAAGACUUGUAUUAGAAUUAAUGAGUACUUCUCACUUAAGAAGACUAUAAGAAAGACCGUAGUGAAAAAUGUAGUUAGUGAUGUAAAGACGUACAGACCAAGGUUCAAUUCAGGUAAGUACUAG